AUGGGCUGUUCACCAUCUAAAGGUCAACUCUUUAGUAGAAAAGCUCCAGCAACUGCACCACAAGAACUGCUCUCAAAUACGCCUUCAGAACAAUCGGCAGAUAAAGAGACCCAGGAAAAUACAGUACCCAUAAUAGGUAAGAGAUCCUCAGAAGAUUAUGUAGUUUGUGAUGCUGCUGUGAGAGUCGAAGAAGAUGGUCCUGAAGAUGAUGUGGAUGUGGUCCAGAAAGAAGGUUCUCAGAAUGAACAGAUUGCACAAGAGGGCCUCUUGGGGAACAUGAAAGAAGGCAAAGAAGAAAUUAAGACAACAGAUAAGCAAGCAAAACUGAGGAUGCAAAGAAAACAGAGGCAAAGAAAAACUUCAUAUGUGCAGGAAAAAGCAGAAUUCAUAUUAAAAGCACACCAGGCAGCCUAUGCUUAUCUAAACCCCAGCAUAUCCAGAUACGAGUCGCUUUUAGGGCUUUUGGACCAGGCGGCUCAAACCCGCUUAUCUUUGCAGACCACGGUGGCUUCGGUAGUCUUGCAUUAUGAAGAAAUCAACCAGGCUUUGGAGGAAAUGGUGGCUGAAGGUGAGCAGAUGUUGUGCGAACACGGACACUAUAUGGCGUCACUUAAACAUUGCCCGCCUUCAGCAACCAAACCCAACAAUGAGCUGAAUGUUUCUGAGGUUCCUUCUGAAUUGCUGCAGCAAAUGCUUCUUAACUCCACACAGAAAAUGAUCUCUGUGGGAGACUCUGUGAGAUGCCUGGGUGACUCGGCCUUACAAGAACUAACUGAUUACUUUGCUUCCCUGUCUCAGUUGUUAGGAGACAAGCUGCAGGCUAAGCACAUGGCAGAGGGACGCUUAAAGCAGAUUUUGACUCGUGUUGAAGCUGCUGCUUUCAUAAAGUCCAAUCCUGAAGAUUCUACCCUGCACAGUGAGGACAGUGGCAUAGGUGCAGAAAAUGAGUGUCAGAUUGGCUCAGAACGCCUCCGUUACCAUCGAAGUAAUUCCGGAUCAGGAUCAAAUGUGGCUGCAACAGUUGUUUGUACCACAAGUAGCUCACCUGAUAAGCAGUUUCUAAAUGGCAACGAGGAAGUUACAGAUAAUGAUGACUAUGAUUAUGUGGAUGACAAUGAUGAUGAUGCAGAAGUUAAGGACGUUAGUGUUAGAGACGAGCGGACAAUUGACAAAACAAGGGGAACGAUACAUGGUUCUUUUGAUGCAAACUUGAGCCAUUCUCUAGUUAAGGAUGGGCUUCAAUUCAAUUACCAAAACAACAGUAACUUAAAGCGGAAAACCAGACGGCCAAAAACUGCAGACAACAGCUCUCAGAUUAAGCCAAAGCACUGCCACUUAAAGGGACCAAAGCGUUCACAAUCCACAGAGUGUUUAUGUAGCAAAACAGAAGACUUUGAUGUAAAUGUGCAACAGAGAAUGAACACACAAACUCUUGAGGGGGUUUUGAAAAGUAAGAGUUUGCCUAGAGAGCUUAAAAGUCAUGUUCAUUCAAAGAUAAGAAAACCAUUAUCUGAAGGACAGAAUGCAACAAGGUACUAUGGGCUUCAGUAUGGUAGCAAAGGGCCAUCUAGAGCAAUACCACCUAAUUCUCCUCCAAAAUUUACCCCACAACCACCUGGCCGAAAUGCUGUCAAGAGGCUCAUUAAUACUUUUAGCCAAAGGGUCGAUGGCAAUUCCACACAAGGUCCUUUAGAUCAAAAACCAAUGAAAGUCAAAAGUAACAGGAAAUGCGUCCUUCCGUUGCUGUCAAGCAGCAGAGGUGUUCUUACCACCAAUAUCAACACAAGCAUCUAUCCACCUGAGGCCAGACUGACAGACAAAGUUGAGCAUGUGGAUUUAGACAGUCUUCCUCCUCCACCCCCAGAGAUGCUGAUGGAGAACUCCUUCGAAAGAAGUGUGGGCUUGGCAUCUGAGGAGGGGACUAAUGUGUCACAGUGUAGACAGCAUCACACUUUAUUGCAAAGAGAGACUGUGACCCCCAAAGGGGCUAACAUGCAACAAGACUCCAUGACUUACUUAGCCACUCAUUCUUUGGGUCAAGAUGCCUUGGUGGGUUCCUGCACUGAACAGGAUUACAAGCAAACUGUUGAGCUGGAGUCAGCAGCCUCCCUCAAGCAGGAUUUCCAAAAGGUUGUUCAUCUGCCAUGCCUGCUUGCUGAGUCCACUGCCAAGAUAGGUCUGGCUAAUGGAAGUACACAGAGAUCUCAACCACAUCAAAAAUCCGAUGAUCACAUCGAGGGUGAUCAUGCCGCAACUCUGCAGUCAAAGUUUUUUCCACCUACGACUCUGCCUGUCUCCAAAACACGACUUCCACCCUCUUGUCCCGUUGUGCACCAUGCAGUACCAAGUCCUCCAUCUGCUCCCUUCCAUCCCAUGGGCAAGUGGAUACCAUCCUCAAAACCAGCCACCUCUAGUAUGCAUAGCUGGGUCAUGACAAAAGAAAAUGACGCUCAGGUUAUAAGUUCACAAUCAGUUUCUGAAGCUCGGGCAAUGUUCUGUCAGGACAACCAAUCAGUCCCUUACACAUGGACAUCUUCAUGUACUUCUACAUUACCACGGCCAUGGGGCGAACCUGCCAGAAGGAGGCUGCCAACAGCAUGUCUUCAACCCUCUUUUAUAAGAAGUAGCCCCUUAAGUCAGAUGUCAUCACAAAGUGAGCGGCAACAAUCAUUCCCUGAUGCCAAGCAACAACCAGUUCAGGGCAGUGAUGUCACAGCUUUGACAAUGCAAGAACUAAACUGUGUCGUCGUCAUCAUCAUCAUCAUCAUCAUCAUCAUCAAUCUGCUCAGUAGUAAAACAGUUAAUAAAGCCGAAAGCAAGGCCACUGGUGUGAUCCAGUGA